UUUUACUACUGUACAUUAUUAUUCUUGCCUGUCCUUGUUUGCCUUCUCGGCAAGGCUUAGCUCAGUCCAAGUUUCCGGUCGAUCCUCAACGGCGUUCUGACUGUCGUUGACUUGGGGUUCAUCACCGUAGGAACGCUAUUGAUCAUCCAUUUGAUCUUCUGCUCAAGAUGAUAAAGGCUGAAAAUGAAUUGGUUGAGAAACCUUCACAGGUGGACAUAGUUGAUAGAAUAAGCAAUCUGCCAUGGGAGGUGCUAGACAACAUCCUAGGUCGCCUCCGGAUGGAUGCCGUUGCUAAGAUGAGCGUUUUAUCCAAAAAGUGGAGAAAUAAUUGGAGAAAUGUUUCGACUAUCACACUUGCUGGUGAAAGAAAUGUGAGAGUCAUCUAUCAUGUCCUAUUAUCUCAUCAUGUGCAUAUAGAGAAGUUUACACUUUCCAUGUUAGAGGGGUCGAUUGAAAGUGCUGAUUUAACCAGUUGGUUAAACUUCUUAAGAAGAAGUGGUAUCAAGGAAUUAACUCUCGAAUUCAAUAGGGCAUCCCAUUUGAAUAAAACCAUUGGGUUUAGCAAACUGGUUAGUCUUUGCUUAACAAAUUUCCUCACAGAGGCUAUAGUACUUCAAAGUUUGAUUGAAGGGUGCCCACUUCUUGAGAAGUUAAAGUUGUUGGAUUUUCGCAUAUGGGACUGCCUUAACAUCAACGCACAUAUGCUGAGGUCAUGUCAUAUUGAAGGAUCAUUCAAGGAUGUUCGUAUCGAAAGCAGUCCUAAGCUGAAUGAUGCUUAUUUUAACCUGACACUGAGACCUGGAAGCCCUGAAUGGAGAGAGCAGGGGGUUGCUAAUUAUCUGGUGCAAUUUCUUGGUUGUCUAUCACAAUUCAAAAAACUAACUCUGUGUGGUUCUAUCCUCAAGAUUUGGGCAACAAGUCGCAUUAGGGAGAAGGUCAUAGUUGCAUGUGAUUCUUUAAAUGUUCUUUCACUACUCAACAUUGGGGAUGAUGAUGCUGAUCAGCUUUCAGCUGUUUAUAUUCUUCUGCAAAAGGCUUCAUAUUUGAAAGAAUUUUCCAUUAAACUAGGAUCCACUCCUUAUGAACGGCGCAUAAAUGAUGCCAGAGAAUUCAAUAUCAGUAAAUUUAACUUUUGCUUCAACCAGCUCCGAUUUGCAAAAAUAGAUAUGGGAGAGGUCCCAAGUAGAGUUCGGAGACCUGAGUAUGAGUGGAAGCAGGAAGCCGGUGUGGAGUUAAUAAAAACACUCUUUGUUUCUUCACCUGUACUGAAAGAGAUGGUGGUUAAGCGGUCCAACUGUGAAGUAGGAUUCUUGAGAGAGCUGCUAUCGGUCCAGAGAGCAUCCAUGGAUUUGUUAUUCAAAUACUUCUGUAGUCACUGUAGCCGGACUUUUCUGACCUGAAAGUGCAGUAAGAUUGCCAUUGCUUUAUUGCAUUUGGCUGGGAUCAUAUUCAACCAUAUCCAUGAACAGGUAGGUAAAUAACUGGUGUGUAUAUGAGGGUGUUAUAUGAAAUAUGAUAACAUCCAAAUGUUCCCAAAUGUGUAGCCUUCAUCUACUGUUAUGAAACUUGAGGGGACAUGUGGUAUGUGUUAAGAACCAAAGAUAAACGUUGCUUGUUCAAACAAUUAAGAUUGAGUUUUGUAUA